AAGAAUAAUACAAAACAAAAUUCAUACGAAAGAUCAUUUUAGAUAUUUGUAUUUUUAUACAUGUAUUAUGUAUUUUCAAAGGUGAGUUUCAUGGAGUCAGUGAAUGGACCUUUUCUGGCAAAAAACUUGACCUUGCAAGCCAUCAAGGAGACCAAAACCUGAUCCUGAUGAGGCAGAAUAUCCUCAUUUCUGAGUAACUGGUUAAUUUAGGUCUAAGAUUUGAAUUGUGAUCAGGUUAAAGUUAUUAUUAAAGGCUUUAACUGGUUGUAGUGAUAGUCUACUUUGAUUACUGUGUUGUCCAGGACAUUACAGCUCCACCAUGUCAGAAGGAAACCACAGCGGUGUUACUGAAUUCCUCCUGACAGGAUUCCCCGGUCUCCAUCCACAGUACCACGGCCUUGUCUCUGCACUUUUGUUCCUGGUUUAUUUCCUAUCGUUGGUCGGCAACGCCACCAUCAUUUUCCUGUUUGCAGCCGACCGUCGCCUCCACAAACCCAUGUACUACAUCAUUCUGAAUCUCUGCAUGUGUGACGCUUUGUUCAGCACCACCACGUUGCCAAAGAUCAUCAGUAAGUACUGGUUUGGCUCGGGGAGCAUUUCAUUCAUGGCCUGUUUCAUUCAAAUGUACUUUGUCCACUAUCUGAGCACGGUGAAUUCAUUGAUUCUCUUCCUCAUGGCUUUGGACAGAUACUUAGCCAUCUGCCACCCUCUCACAUACUCAAAUGCCCUGAAAAUGUCCACUGUCCACAUUCUCAGCGUCACGGCGUGGAUCAUUUCAAACACGGGUCCCUUAAUGAUGGUUAUCCGAGCGUAUCCUCUGCCUUACUGUGCAUCCAAUGUCAUCAAUCACUGCUACUGCGAUCACAUCGGCAUCACGUUGCUGGCGUGCACUGACCGAGCACCGUACGGCUUCCCCGCCUUUAUCAUGGCGAUGAUUUUUCUUCUCGGGCCGCUGGCCUUCAUCGUGUUCUCGUACAGCUCCAUCAUCGCCGCCGUGCUGAAGAUCGCGGAUUCGAGCGGUCGCAUGAAAACUCUGUCCACGUGCAGCACUCAGCUCAUCAUCAUCUCUCUGUAUUAUUUACCCAGGUGUUUCGUUUACUUGGCCAGCAACGUUGGCCUCAGAUUUAGCGUCGACGUGCGAGUUGUGAUAAUCAUGUUGUACAGUCUUUGUCCCCCGAUGGUCAACCCUCUCAUCUACUGUCUGAGGGCGCAAGAUAUGAAAGAAAGUCUUUGGAGACAGUUGAACAAAAUGAGCAUUUCACAGAAAACACAGGUUUCUGCAGUUUGUGGCUGAGUAUGUUUUUAUGUUUUCUUAUUUUUAUUUGGAAAUGUGAAUGUGUCCAAACAUUCAAAGAGUUUUUAUGAAAAUAUUAUAACAGCUAAAGAUAUGACAGAGUCACAACCUGGACAGGUCGCCAGUAUUUACUUUGUUUUUAAAGUAAAUAAGACUGUGAAAGAAACAACUUUUUUACAAACAUAUAAGAGAUAAAAAGAUAUGAAAAAAGACGUUUCUCUCUUCUUUUAAAGUAAAUUAAGCAAUAAUAUAUUUUAUUGUAUAUAGUGAAAGUGUGUCUUUAUUUCUUGCCGUGCAAAUGAAUGAGCGAAAGAUGUAAAAAGUGGGUGUGCGGUGGAUAUUGUGUUGGUCUGUUGUGUUAAAGCGAGUCAAACAAUAAUAAAUAUAUGUGUGUAUUUUA